AUGGCUUCUUUCUACAAGACGGCAGCAGCAAUGUGCCUCGUCGCACUCGGUGUGCUCCAAUCACACGCACAGGGGGACAAUGACAAUGGCGGGGGAGAGGGGGAUUCUACAACGUAUAAAUUCACAGUAGUGAAUGUAGAUGAAGACGCUUACUUGUCCGCCAACUUGGCCCGUAAUGGAAAGCUCCCAGUUCACAUCAGUGAAGUCACAAAGGACGAAAGCCUUGUCACUGAGUUGACGGGAGAAGUAACAAAAGCAACAGCCGAAGUAGAUCCCGACGCGGAGGACUGCACUGCAUUGAUGACCGCCGAACUGAAGGAGCGCUUCCAUUACUCUUUCGAGCACGCACCCGAGUCGGAGGCCAGUUUCGACUACCGUGAAUUACUGCAGAAAGCUCUUGAAGCGGGAUUGACCGUCUUCAAGUGA